CAGUGGGAACCCUGAGCUGCUUGUUGGGACUGCCUUAAAAUGGGCAUCUGGGGGCCCCUCCAUGGGCCCCCCUCAGGCUUCAUCAGUGGAGUUUUAUUUUUUUAGUUCAUAUUUUAUUUUUGUUUAUGGGAGAGGCAGAUAUCCCUUUUCAAAGAGAGGGAAAGUUCGUAAAAGUUUGUAACUUUCUAAAAAGUGAAUAAUUCCAGGCUUCCCUUAUCCACCCUGUCUGGACUUCCUCAUCCUGUUGGUUGGACCCAGAUGACUUGCUUUCCAUUACUGCUGGGUCAGAAACAGUUUGGAGUCUGUGUAACUGGCACUUGGGAAUAAGGGAGAAAUUGCUGGAGCACCUCACACCUGAGCGGUGGCUGAGAUAGAAGAUUCUGGAAAAUCUCUCCCCUUGGGGGCACAGGCUAAGCCUGAAGGAUUUCCAAGAUGACCAAGGUAGCAGCCACCAAGAAGACACAGAGUUCCCCGACCUCGGGGGCCCUCUGGCCCUUUUUUGCUUCAGAACUUCAUUCACAGGUCCCAGAGAAGCCAACAAAGAGCAUCAACUAUAUGGACAAGGAAAUAGUAAACCUCAAAAAGGACCUUACACGAAGCCGUUUUUUGGUUAAGUCUGUGAAGAUGGGCCGCGGAUAUUUCACCAUGCUGAGGGAGGAGAAUGCAUUGAAAAAGAGACAACAACUUCAGAAACUGAAAGAGGAAGAAAGACAUAAAUUCCAACCGGCCAGAAAGAUCUCAGAAAUCCAUUACGGGGCUAUUCUCUUGGCCACGUAUAAUGACGAGAAGACUAAGAAGGUGGCGCAUGAAGUCAUAUUUCGCCCAUUCACCCCGAUACACAGCUGCAUCAUCUCGCCGUCGCUACCUGAGGCUCAUGUGGAACCCCUCUUCCGCCAGCUCUGCGCCCUCCACUGGUUUCUCGAGGCCCUGACGAUCGACCACACCCACCACACCAUGAAGCCCUUGAUCACCUGCUGGAAUCCAAAGACUUUCCCUACCUACCCAGACCUUCUAGGACUAGUCAUCUGGACCUUCCUGUCCACCAUAACCACGGGGCUUCCCCCAAGAAAAAAAUUCAAAGUUUCUGCUCUACGUGCCACGAGCCGCAAACUAAGCCGGCGAGGCUCCACACUCAGUCUGUCUCGGACUAGCGGGGGGUCAUCUCCCCAGAGCAGCAUGAUCUCCGUGAACCCUGGCUCAGAUGAGCCCCCAAGCGUGAUCACCCAGGCAACGGGCAGCAAGGACAUUGAGGACAACGAAUCAUCUUCAACCAAGCCCGAUGAUGAGCUUCUCCAUCUCAAUCUGCAGAAGCUCCUGGAGAUGGUUCGGGAAGAGGCCCGGCGGACAAUGACGAUGGAUGAUGGGACACACAAAAAAGUGCCCAGUAUCUUGUCAAUGGUCAAACAAACCAAGAGCGAUUCUGCCUAUAGAGACAUGCAGACCACCCGCAAAUCAAGUGACAGAUCCAGCAGUACAAGUGGAGAAAGCCACAGCCAAUCAAUCCAGAAGAAGUCUAAAAGCCGCACCAACCGUGACAUCAGCCACUGCAAGAGUGAGGUGUGUAGCACCAUGAGGGCCAAGUUUUACAGCGUGGCCCAGGAGGCCGGCUUCUGUCUCCAGGACAAGAUGGAGAUCCUUAUGAAGCGCCAAGAAGAGAGAGGUCUCCAGAAGUUCCAUUCUUUUGUCCUUGUCUCGAAUUUUAAAAAGGAUAUAGCAAAAAUGAGACAUCAGGUCUCCACGGUAAAAGGAGAUGCAGAUGAAAUUGCAGACCACUGGUAA